UGAGGUGAUUUGUUUGUGUCCAGCUAGUGAAUCCUGGAGCUCCAUGGGAGCAGCACUGAGGAGCAGAAGACUCUGAGUCCUCUCGGUUCAGGGAAGUGGUCAGCAGGAUGGUGCCACCGCCUCCCACCAACAAGCCACACGUUUGCUUGUCCACCAUCAUCAUCAUGAGCAGCAUGGCGCUGAUGGACGCCUACCUGGUGGAGCAGAACCAUGGCCCACGGAAGAUCGGCAUCUGCAUCAUGGUGACGGUGGGAGACCUCUGCUUCCUCAUCGUGCUGCGAUACGUGGCGGUGUGGGUCGGGGCCGAAGUGAGGACGGCAAAACGAGGCUACGCCAUGAUACUCUGGUUCCUUUACAUCUUCGUCUUGGAGAUUAAGGUGUAUUUUGUUUACCAGAACUACAAGGCUGAUCGUAAGAGCCUGGACGCAUUGGCUCGGAAAGCUCUGACACUCCUGCUCUCUGUCAGUAUUCCCAUGCUGUUCGUGAUCCUGGUUGCUAUCGACCACAUGGAGUACGUGAAGGCUUUCAAGAAGAAGGAGGAGAUCAGAAACCGUUUGUUCUGGGUGGUGGUGGAUCUGCUGGACAUUCUGGACAUCCAGGCCAACCUGUGGGAGCCGCAGAAGAAAGGGCUUCCGCUCUGGGCCGAGGGACUGAUGUUUUUCUACUGUUAUAUUCUUCUUUUAGUGCUGCCCUGCGUGUCUCUGAGUGAGAUCAGCAUGCAGGGCAUCAACAUCAGUCCUCACAAGAUGAUGCUCUACCCCAUUCUGAGUUUGGUGACUAUUAACAUUGUCACUCUCUUUAUCCGUGGAGGGAAUAUGCUCCUCUAUAAGGACAACAGAGUUUCUGGGAUACUCAUGGCCAAGAACAUCCUCGCCAUCGUUCUGAAGACGUGCAGCUUUGUGCAGUACAGGAGACAGUUGCAGAGCGCCCCGCCCGGGUUUGGAGUGGAAUUACAAAAGAACUCUGUGGCGUCGGGUCGAUCCGGUCAGACUCCUCCACAGGGGACGCUGCAGGAGCAAACGCCGCUGCCCGAGGUCACCAGGUGUGAACAUACGUGACCCGGAAUCUGAAGACUACCUGCACAUGGAAACACACAUCUCUGAUGAAACCAUGUGAAUGUAAGCUACAUAUUGCUAGCUUCAUUAUUUUCAUCCGAGAGAACUACAAGUGGAGCGUAAUGGAAUGAAGGUAGUAGAGCCCCGAUCGAUAUGGGUUUUUUGGGGGCCGAUACCAACAUUUCAUAUGCGUUAUACAGUAUGCUCUGUAAAAAAAAUUCUUU